CUGGUGCAGCAUAGGAGUCAUACCAAGCAUAGCCUGCGUGUCAGUGCAGUCGACUUACAGCUGGCUGUGAGGAGAACUGACGCUACUCUUUUUUUUUGUUGCUCUAUCACCGCGAUACAUUUACCUAUAUUAAAAAAAAAAAAAAAAAAAAAAAAACUUGGUGUCAAUCCUCUCCGCAGGGUUUUAUUUUUUUAAAGGUGGUUUCUGUAAAACUAAAGUUGGAGGCUGGGCCUUUUAGCUUUUUGAUCGUCGCUUGAGAGGAGAAGAAGAAAAAAAAAGCUGGUCUUCUUUUGUAAAAACUCGAUAAAUGCUACUAACGAAAAUGGACCUGUUGAACUACCAGUACCUGGACAAAAUGAACAAUAACAACAUUGGCAUACUCUGCUACGAAGGUGAAGCAGCUUUAAGGGGGGACCCCAGACUCCAGUCCCUGUCUCUGUCCUCGUCUUCCUCAUCCUCCUCCUCGUCGUCAUCGUCGUCCUCCUCUUCCUCCUCCAUCUCCAACCACAGGACAGGUCCUCCUCCCAUUAGCCCCACCAAGAGGAAGCUAAGCGGGGACCAGGGGGACAGCGACAUGGACGACAACGAGCACGUGGCAAAGAUGAGCCGACUGUUUGCUGCACAGCUGAAACCUCAUGGAGACUACCGCAGCGCUCCCAUCGUCAAGGACCGGAGCCGGAGCCCCAUCGAGCGCGUGGUGGUGCCCAGCAAUCUGGGAGUACACAGCAACCACCUGUACAGCCACGCCCACCACCACCAUCACCACCUGGCCAGCUUAGCCGGCAUGGACCAGCCACUGGCACUCACCAAAAACCGCAUGGUGGAGUCUGCACGCAGUAGCACAGCAGCUAUGGCCACAGUGCCGCACACAGUCAGCGCCGUGGAACGCCAGCAGAAUCGUCCUUCAGUUAUCACAUGCGCCCCCGCCAACAACCGCAACUGCAACCUGUCUCACUGUCCAGUCUCACACAACGGCUGUGCAAGCCUCGCUAACAACUACAGGAGAAUCAACACCAAUACAGCGUGCGACCCAGUAAUUGAGGAGCAUUUCCGCCGCAGUCUCGGGAAGAACUACAAGGAGCCCGAGCCCACCGCCACCAACUCGGUGUCCAUCACAGGCUCCGUAGACGACCACUUUGCCAAGGCACUGGGCGAGACCUGGCUGCAGAUUAAAAACAAGGGGAGUCCCUCGUCGUCCAGCAGCAGCCCAAACUCCUCCCCCGACAGUCACAUGGUCAAUCACAACCACUCCCCUUCUGUGGUCUCCUGAAGGAGGAGGGGUUUAAUAGGGAUUCACCCCCAUUUUCCCAGCUCUCCCAAUCAUCUCGGCUCCAACACCCACGCCCUUGUCACUUUGGUCUGUCACCAGCAUCCCAGAGGGAAUGCCUGCCUGCUGGUCUGCUAAAAACAUCUGAAACCCUCAAGCCUGCUCUCUCUCUAUAUGCACUCAGAUCAAUUGAGCAAUAACAACAUGGUUGUUUUUUCCCCCCGUCUGUCCUCUCGUAUGGUAUUGCCAGAAAAUAAUCAGUGAUGAGUGUUCAACUUUGGGACUCGACUGGAGCAUCAAGCCGCUCCUUCCAAUCAUUCAUCAUCCCUGCAUGUCAAGCUUGGAGCUGAGCAAGUGUCUGUAGUUAUAUGUACAUAAAGAGAGAGGAACGGUGGUGUUUUAA